AUGCAUCGAUGCGCGCAUCAUCGGAAACUGAAAUCUCGAAUAAUCCGAGGAUUGCUAUUGGCUUACACGCAGGACAAGAUGGCAUUGUCCAACUUGGCGCGGAGGAGCGGCUCACUCGCAGCUUACACUCGGCCAUUUACGAGCUCUGCAACUAGGUUCGUACCCGGUACGCACGGGCACUCGGACGAUCCCAAGGAAGUGGAGGAGGAGAAACAAAAACAGCUCAGAGGCGAGACCAAGAGCUCUCUCGAUCAUAUACCAGGAUGGAGCGAGAAGCUUGCUUCAGAUUCCGAGGCAGCGAUCAAGUCGGGCGGUAGUCAAGAUCCGCCGGAGUUCAAGCGACCGGAAGGCCAGAAAGCGGCAAGCUAG